UGUUAAUUAUUACUUCAAUUUCUUUCACAAAACAACCACCAAAUCGUCAUCACUCUCAAUCAAAACCCUUUCUUUCUUUCUUUCUUUCUUUCCAUAAUCCUCCAAUCCUUGGUUUGAUAAUGGUUUAGGUUUGCCCCUUCCUUUUCCUCUCUCUCUCUCUUUUUCAACACUUGUGCUUGGUGGGUUGUGCGGCUGAGGUGAAAAAUGGGCCCUAAACUCCACUGAGACAUUUUAAUGGCGAGAGGGGUCUCAAUCUAUUCCUCCACUUCUCUCUUUGCCUCCUACUCUUUGUGCUGCCUCGCAUUUGGAGGUUUUGGGUUCUCUACCUUUUCGUCUUUUUGUUGAAAAUAUGAGAUCUUUGGAGGUUUUGGGUUGUGAUUUUUGAAAUUUUGGAGGCUUUUUCCAAGUGAGUUUUUUAUUUUUGAUUAGUUUUGAUGAGAAAUGAAGUGAACAAUGUUGGGUUUGUGUUGUUUUCCAAUUGGGGUUCCUCUUCCUGUGAUGUUUUCAGAUUGUGAUUCUUCUGCUGAAAGUUGAAGAUUUGAAUUUUGAGGUGGAGUUUUUGAAGUUGAAGUUUUGGUUAGGUUCAAAAGUAGGACAUUAUGAUUGAGAGAUUGGUAAUUUGAUUUCUGAGGUGUCGUUAUUUUGCUGCAAAAGCUGGUAUUGGCAAGUUCCUCAAAGGAAGAAAAGAUGGACAGAAGGAUACAGCCUCCGUUGGUUGAUUCAACAGCUUGCUUAUGUAGAGUAGAUGCUGGCCUUAAAACUGUUGCUGGAGCUAAAAAGUAUGUCCCUGGGGCAAAGCUCUGUCUUCAACCCGACAUUAAAUCAUCCAUUCAUCCAACUAGGAGUAAGCCUUCGCGUGGGGAGAGUAGCCGCAUUCAACCCCCUCUGCUUCCUGGACUCCCAGAUGAUCUUGCUUUUGCUUGCCUAGUUCGGGUCCCAAGAGUUGAGCAUCGUAAGCUCCGCCUGGUUUGCAAAAGAUGGUACCGUCUUUUGGCUGCUAACUUCUUUUACUCCCUCCGUAGGAACCUUGGCAUUGCAGAAGAAUGGAUAUAUUUAAUUAAGAGGGAUGGAGAAGGGAAAGUCUCUUGGCAUGCUUUUGAUCCCGUAUACCAGCUCUGGCAACCCCUCCCUCCUGUCCCUAAAGAAUAUUCUGCAGCCCUGGGGUUUGGUUGUGCUGUACUCGGUGGCUGUCACCUGUAUUUAUUUGGAGGAAAAGACCCGCUAAAGGGAUCAAUGAGGCGAGUCAUUUUUUAUAAUGCCAGGACCAAUAAAUGGCACCGUGCCCCAGAUAUGCUUCGGCGGCGCCAUUUCUUUGGCUCGUGCGUUAUAAAUAACUGCUUGUAUGUUGCCGGCGGGGAGAAUGGGGGAAUACAUCGGUCCCUGAAAUCAGCUGAAGUCUAUGAUCCCAACAAGAAUAGAUGGUCCUUCAUUUCAGAGAUGAGCACCGGAAUGGCUCCCUACAUUGGGGUUGUUUACGAAGGCAAAUGGUUCUUGAAGGGGUUAGGGUCUCAUCGACAAGUUUUGAGCGAGGUCUACCAACCAGAAAACGACAGCUGGUACUCUGUGUAUGACGGAAUGGUUGCAGGCUGGAGGAAUCCAAGUGUUGCUUUAAACGGGCAUCUCUAUGCUUCGGAAUGCAAAGAUGGCUGCAAACUUAGAGUUUAUGACAAAGCGACGGAUUCUUGGAGCAAGCAUAUUGACAGCAAGAUGCAUUUAGGUAAUUCUAAGGCUUUGGAGGCAGCUUCCCUUGUUCCCCUCAAUGGCAAACUUUGCAUCAUUCGGAAUAACAUGAGCAUCUCGCUGGUUGAUGUUUCGAAAUCCAGCGAUGUUGGCGAGGCAAGUGCUGAAUAUCUAUGGGAAACUAUAGCAGGUAAGGGGCAGUUCAGGACCUUGGUCACGAAUCUGUGGUCAAACCUCGCCGGCAGGAACCGCCUUAAAAGUCACAUAGUUCACUGCCAGGUUCUUCAAGUUUAGAAACUGUAAAUUGUAUCAAAUUCAAAGGUUCACUCUUUUGGUUCGAUGCUUCUGAAAAUUUCACAAUUUGACGGACUGCAUAUGUAAUGUUGAAGCCUAGAGGCUUCGCCCUGUCUGACGACAGGGAUUCUAAAGUCCAUCGGUAUAUAUUCUCGUGUACCAUUUGCUAGGUGUUCGACAAUGUUUGUAUUGGUGAAAUUACUUUCUCACAUAUAUGAUACACAUAUGUUCGUUGCUA